GUUUGUUUAUCUCGUUGCACUCAAGUUUACCGGCAGUUUCAAUGUUAUUGAAUCGAUUUGAUAAAUAGUUGAAAGGAAUAUUGAUAGCUAUGUGAGAUAAGAAGUUGAUUUGCUGGUAUAUAAAUAAGGGCGAUCAAACAAUGAGAUUAUUUGUCAGUUUUUAGUUCCGUUUUAAUAAAAGAAACAUGCUGAAAUUCUUUAUUUUGCUUUGCAGUACUUUAUUUUUAAGAUGCACAUGCAAUUUGCUGGAAUAUGAAGAGCUUUAUUUUACUCAACAGGUGGAUCACUUUGGAUUUACUACUAAUAAAACAUAUGAACAACGAUACCUCGCUAACUACAAAUAUUACAACCCAGUCAAUGGAAGCAUCUUCUUUUACACUGGAAAUGAAGGAGUCAUUGAUGUGUUCGUAAAUAACACCGGAUUCAUGGAAGAGAUAGCUCCUGAGUUCAGUGCUGCUGUUAUAUUUGCUGAACAUAGGUAUUAUGGGAAAUCAUUGCCUUUUGGAAAUCAUUCUUUUGAUAAUAACACAGUUAAAGGAUACCUGUCUUCGCAACAAGCUCUUGCUGAUUUUGCUAAUUUAAUCUACUAUUUAAAGAAUAAACUUCCAGGAGGUAAUAAGGCUCCUGUUGUAGCUUUUGGUGGCUCAUAUGGAGGAAUGCUAGCCGCCUGGAUUCGUAUUAAAUACCCACAUUUAGUGAAUGGAGCACUUGCAUCUAGUGCACCGAUAUUGCUCUUUACAAAUGAAGCAUCUUGCUACAAUUAUCCUGCAAUCAUUACUAAGGAUUUUAUGAAAUCUGGAAUAUCAUGUGCCAAGAACAUUCGAAGAUCAUGGGAAGUUAUUCGGAAGAUUGGAAAAUCAGAUAGUGGAGCCAAAUUUUUGUCAGAGACAUUUAAAACAUGCCAACUUAUCAGACCGUCAAACAUCAGCUUAUUUGUUGACUGGGUUUCAUCAACAUGGGAAUCCCUUGCUAUGACAGAUUAUCCAUAUCCAACAAAUUUCUUAAAUCCUUUACCUGGGAAUCCAAUUAAUGUAUCAUGCCAGUUUUUAUUGGAUGAAUCUGUUGAUGAUGAAACACUUGUUAUCAACAUUUAUAAGGCCGCAAGCGUAUUUCUUAAUUACACUGGAAAUACCAAGUGUAAUGAUGUGUUUCAAACUACGGGUCCGUCAAUUGACAGCGGGUUAUGGGACUAUCAGACCUGUACUGAGUUGGUGGAGCCAGUUUGUUCAUCAGGCACAACAGACAUGUUCGAGCCCAGACCCUGGAACUUCACUGAGUUUUCAGAAAAUUGUUGGAAGCAAUUUCAAGUCAGACCUAUCCCAAAUGUGGCUUCUGUGAUGUAUGGAGGAACAAAUAUCAUCUCCUCCAGUAACAUAAUUUUUACAAAUGGAAAAUUGGAUCCAUGGUCUGGUUCUGGUAUUUUACAAUCACUCUCUGAUACUCUGAUUGCAAUUGUUAUGGAUGGAGCGGCACAUCACCUAGAGUUGCGAUCCUCGAAUCCAGCUGAUCCUGAAUCUGUCAAAAAUGCCCGUAUUGUUAUUAGACGUUGGAUUCAUAAAUGGACUUCUAAGAAAGAAGAUUAUUAGCUAAUGGACCAGGCAAUCCCUACAAAUAUCAACGACUCGUCCCUAUUUACAGAAAGCGUGUGCACCUAACUCAAGUAUUGAAAUGAAAUUUAAGAAUCGAAAUUUAGUUACUUGAUUAUUUGAGAAUCCCAAGAUUUUUCAAGAACGAAAUGUAAAGUAAUAUUACUGAAUG